GAGCUCAGGCAGAUAAGCAUAUUAGAAACAACAGCACCUCCCAUCUAUCACCACAGAACAGUCUGGCAUUUUAUUUCCACCAUGGAUUGAGGGGUUAAGCUUAGAUAAUUUAGAGAUCAGACCUACCUUUCUUUUUCUUUUUUUACUGGCCAUUCUUCUUGUGCUGGAAAUAUAAGAUUUUAAAUGGGAAGUUGAUAGCUUCUUCUGCCAGCCUGAAAGGAAGAUUCCCUCAACUCCUAGAGGACGCAGCUGAGCAAAAUUCCUGCCAGGCCAUGGAUGACCCCAGGAUGGAGUCAGAAGGCAGAAUCAACAAAACGAUCUCUUCUUUAACGAGCCAUAAAAGGAACUUGACAUAUUCGCCCUACUACCAGCACUCCCCGCCUGUUGCCGCUAUCUAUAUAAUCUCCUACUUGUUUAUCUUUGCCUUGUGCAUGGUUGGGAACAGUCUCGUUUGCUUCAUUGUGCUGAAGAACAGCCGGAUGAGAACAGUGACCAACCUCUUUAUCCUCAACCUAGCCAUCAGCGACCUGCUGGUUGGGAUUUUUUGUGUGCCCACCACACUCGUGGACAAUUUAAUCACAGGCUGGCCCUUCAGCAAUGGAAUCUGCAAGAUGAGUGGGCUGGUUCAGGGUAUGUCUGUGUCCGCGUCUGUUUUCACGCUGGUGGCGAUUGCGGUGGACAGGUUCCGAUGCAUCAUUUACCCCUUUAAAUCCAAGCUCAGCCUGCUCAAGGCCCUGAACGCCAUUGCGGUCAUCUGGGUCCUGGCCAUCACCAUCAUGUGCCCUUCUGCUGUCAUGCUCACAGUGGUGGAGAUUGAGGAUCACUACAUGGUGUACAAUGACAACCAGAGCCUGGCUUACCCCUUGUAUUCCUGCUACGAGGCCUGGCCCAACAGCGAGAUGCGCAAGGUCUACACCACUGUCCUUUUUGCCCACAUCUACGUGGCCCCAUUGACCCUCAUCAUGGUCAUGUACAGUAGGAUUGGCAUCAAACUCUACAGGUCAUCGGGCCCGGUGAGCAAGCACAGGGUGGAGAACCAGGAGUGCUGCAGUGCUGCUGUCUCCAGGCGGAAGGUCAAGGUAAUCAAGAUGCUCAUUCUGGUGGCCCUGCUCUUCAUGCUUUCCUGGCUGCCCCUGUGGACCCUGAUGCUGUUCACAGACUACACCAAGCUGGAUGACAACCAGAUCAACCUGCUGACAGGCUACAUCUUCCCCUUUGCGCACUGGCUCGCCUUCUCCAACAGCAGCGUCAAUCCCAUCAUCUAUGGCUACUUCAAUGAGAACUUCAAGCGGGGCUUCCAGACAGCCUUCAAGUUCCAGAUUUGCUCGGAGGACAUAGGGCACCACAAGGCAUAUUUGGAGAAGGUGACGGGCAGCACCAGUGGCUUCAGCACUCGCAACAAGAUCUUCAUGGACAGGGAAUCCUCCGACUCCAUCUGCCUCAAGAACCUGCAUGCCAAAUCCCCCUGCCUCAUGCAGAAUGGACAGGCCCAGAAACAGGGACUUCACCUGCAGGAUACUGAUAAAAUCACCCCUCUGAACAAAGUCUGCAAAGCAUGGGAUGAUUGAAACAACUGGCGAGAUGGGAAUGCGGUCUCUUUCCAUUUGCAAAUGUCACUUUUAUUUGUCACGGUGAUGCGUGUGCAGUGAUGAGUAUUUUCCCCUCAGGCCUGGGUACCUAGCUAUUCAUAUUCUGUUUUGUAAAUGCACAAUGAAUCACAUGGGGCUGCUGUUCAAUAUUCCUACUGAUGCACAGAUAUCUGUCAAUCGCUUUCAGUGUCUAGUUGAGGCUAGCUGUCAUAUAAAAUGUCCAUGUAUUAAAGCUAAUACUGCAUGCAGAGUUUCCUUGGCUUGCAAUCAGCAUGUGGUGUUUUGGGGGUGGAAAAAUGUAUUUCACAGGGUCAGGAUUCAGUUUUGCAUUUGAAAAAAAAAAAAUCUGUGAGGAUUUGUCUUCUUGUUUUAGCAAAGUGCUGUCUGUCAAGCUCUUCCUGCAGUGGCGCCGCCCCAUCUGUUAUAUGUGCAGAAGAGAAUCCCAAAGCUGAUGGGGCAGCCAAAGUCUCUCUCUGGAUGCUCUUCCAACCUUCCAAGGGCCGUACUUCAGUACACAAGCUGAACCAUUCCAGGAGCGCCGCAGUGUUACACAAGAAAUUGCAGCUGUAUCCAGGGAGAGUGCCACAAUAAACACGCCACCCUUUUGGUGCUAAGAUCACUUUAAAACGGAAAGGA